AUGUCCGACGGACAGCUGUAUCACAUUGGCCUUCGGAGGUCAUUCACCUGGAUCUUUGUGGUUGCUGAUAUCCCUCAUGCAAUCCUCGGCUCGAAAUUUCUUGCCGAAUUCGAUCUCCUUGCUGACUGCCGACGUGCCCGUCUCCUCGACCGCACAACCGGUCUGUCUGUUCGUGGACUAACUCCCUUUACUGCCCCCACCAACUUAUCUGUCUUGGAUACGGAUAUUGCUAGCCCCUUUCGGUAACUGCUUCUUAGUCACCCCAACAUAAUUAACUCCCUGUUUCGCAGUGGUGAGGUCCAACAUGAUGUUGUGCGGUAUAUCUGCACCUCAGGUCCUCCUAUGUUUGCUCUGCCGAGACGACUAGCACUGGAGCGUUUUCGGGCCGCGAAGGCGGAGUUUGAAUACAUACUGCAACUGGGAAUAAUUCGACCGUCCGAGAGCCCUUGGGCGUCCCCACUACACAUGGUGCCCAAGGCGACAUCAGGCGACUGGCGACCACGUGGCGACUAUCGUGCCUUCAACAGCGCUACCAUUCCUGAUCGGUACCCCGUGCCUCAUCUUCAGGACUUUGCUGGAGCCCUUUUCGACAAAGCGGUUUUCUCGAAGAUUGAUCUGGUGCGCGCUUUUCAUCAGAUUCCAGUCGCCCCUGAGGACAUCUCUAAAACCGCCGUCACCACACCCUUCGGUCUCUUUGAGUUCAUCUGCAUGCCAUUCGGUCUUCUUAAUGCCGCCCAAACGUUCCAGAGGUUCAUCGACCAUGUCUUACGUGGACUACCCUUUGUGUACGCCUACAUUGAUGACCUCUUGGUGACCAGCCGGAAUGAAGAAGAACACAAAGAGCAUCUUGCCUUGGUGUUUGACCGUCUUGACAAGUUUAAUGUUGUCAUCAACCCCUCCAAGUGCGUGUUGGUUGUGCCUUCACUCGAGUUCCUUGGCCAUCAGGUCGACUCUGAAGGUUUGCGUCCCCUCCCCUCCAAGGUUAAAGCAGUUCCUAAUUUUCCUCUUCCAACUUCCUCGGCAUGGUCAAUUUUUACCGUCGGUUCCUACCGAACUGUGCUGACCUCAUGCUGCCGCUCACCAACAUGCUUUCUGGUCCCAAAGGUCCCCUCGAGCUGACUGGUGCAGCACUGACUGCUUUUGAGAGAAUCAAGAAUUUGCUUGCCGAUGCCACCUUACUCACACAUCGCGCUCCCGAAGUUCAGCUGUCUCUGAUGGUAGAUGCCUCGACUGUAGCCGUAGGUGCAGUCCUUCAGCAACACCUUGCUGGUUGCACUCGAAUACUUGCCUUUUUCUCCAAAAAAGCUGUUACCAGAUGA